ACAGAAAGGGUGAGGAGUCUGAGGACUACAAGAAAACAGGAAAGCUGUUCUUGUUGGUCAAAACAAUGUAGCAAAAUUGGCGUAGAAAUUUAAAAGAGCUGGAAAUACAAUGAUCAUUGUUGGCCGUCCAUGCCGUCCAAGGAAGUAAUCAAUACGACACAAGCCUCACCUGAUUAGAAAGGUAGUAAAAAAAAAAAAAAUCACCAUGCAUUUUCUCUGCAGUUGGCUCAAGAAUUACUGGAUGACUGUUUCCCAUCACACAAUACCGCUGAGUAGUGGCAUGCAAGAGUGUCGUCCACGUAGGAAGCCUCACCUUAAGACAAAGCACAACAAAGGCAGACUGGAAUUUUUAAGUGGCAAUGAUCACAAAGAACAACACUUCUGGAAUUCUUUUAUUCGGCCCGAUGAUCCCAAGUUUUUGCAACUAAUGGCUUCGAUAAUGGCAUCGCAAAGCAGGGUAAGGAAGUCACACGGAUACGAGCGCGAUCCUCUCUGCAUUCUUCAUCCGCCACAAGAAGUUGAUUUUCAUCUACUUCCACCACUUUUACUACUUUUCUACUGCCAGUGGGAGGCUGGUUCUGCUCUGAUCAGCAUGGCUGGCUGUGCCAAGCGCUGCAAACGGGCUGUCGUCAAGUUUGUUUUGUCAAUUCACAAACUCCUUACGGGAACCCUCAUCAAAGACAAAGCAGAUGAUGACCUGGAGAUGACGAUGGUGUGUCAUCGACCGGAAGGCCUAGAUCAGCUGGAGGCUCAGACCAAUUUCAGCAAAAGAGAACUCCAAGUGCUGUACAGAGGCUUCAAGAACGAGUGUCCAAGUGGAAUAGUCAAUGAGGAUACCUUCAAGCAAAUAUACUCCCAAUUUUUCCCACAUGGAGAUGCCAGCACCUAUGCACACUACCUGUUUAACGCAUUUGACACAGCACAGUCAGGCACCAUAAAGUUUGAGGACUUUGUAACGGCACUGUCCAUCCUGCUGAGGGGCUCCAUUACAGAGAAGCUCCAGUGGACAUUUAACCUAUAUGACAUCAACAGAGACGGAUACAUCAACAAAGAGGAAAUGACAGACAUUGUCAGAGCCAUUUAUGACAUGAUGGGCAAGUACACUUACCCUGCCUUGAAAACAGAUGCACACAAACAGCACGUGGAUGCCUUUUUUCAGAAAAUGGACAAAAACAGAGACGGUGUGGUCACCAUUGAUGAAUUCAUCUUUUCUUGUCAAGAGGAUGAAAACAUCAUGAGGUCUCUUCAACUGUUCGAAAACGUCAUCUAGACACCGUGUGAGAACAGGGACGUGGUCUCAUGAAGCAAGAUGAGAAGGAAAAGCAUUCAUAAAAAAAUAAGACUAUGUAUAUUUAAAAAAAAAACAAAAAAACAAUUGGAAGGUGUUUUGUGGGAACAUCGCUGGAUCUGGGUAAAAGUCCUGUUGACUUUUACCUAUGUUGUUUGUUUAUGUCCUUUUGUUUGGUGUGUAUUUUGUGUAAAUAAUCAUUCCUGUCACUUUUGGUUGAGCACAAAAGUGGACACUCACUAUAAGCAAGACCCAUACGGCUGAUAACAACUGUGCUCUUUUGUAAAUCUAUUUGUUGAUCCAGCAAAAAAGAGCAAUACUGUAAUGCAUGCAAGGGGGAGGAUCUAUUUCAAGUAUGUGUGCCAUACAAGAGGACAGUCCAAAUGAUUGACCCGAUUUCUGCCACAGCCAUUCCCAUAUGAGAAAAAAACAUAUUGUGACCAAAUGUGUUCUACAGGUGUCUGUUCAAGUCUCAAUGGUGUAACAAUACUGAAUUAAAUGUUAUAUUUUGUUGCUUCUGCCUCCAUCAUCGCUGCUCGUCUGUGUCUUUCUAUCUCUUUCAGCAUAGUUGACAUCAUAAUGUGGGAAUUUACGUUUUUUCUCGUCAACUAUAGAGGACAUUAACUUUGGGAAUUUUACUGGCACACAGUGGGAGACAGACUCUGGAGCGUGCAUGUGUGUCCCUAUGUGAACUUUUUGUGCGUCUGAAUAUUAAAGCACCAUUUGUUGGAGUAUGUAAUUCUCAUAUUAUGUGCAGCUAUAAGCAGACGGUGCGAUAUGGAGGAACCUUUUGGAUUUGGGUCAACAUGGUCGACCAAAUUUUCACUGUGAAGGCAUGACAACCUUAUGGUAGAAUUCUGAAAAUGUGACUUUUCAAGAAUGAGCCUGAUAUGUUAUUUCCGAAGCCAUUUUGUUUAAGAGCCAUUGUUUAGAAGAGUAGUAAGGACAUCAACUUCUGCUCAUUGUGCCACAAUGGUGCACUCUUUUCUCAGAAUUAAUUGGAAAUCAUACAUAAGGUCAGAGCUGAACUUUUUCAGCAACGACAGUACUCCACUACAGUUCUCUAUCUCUAUUUUACACAUAAUUAUUGCAUUGUGACACUGGAUGAGCAUAAGGGCUUAUUGUUUUUUUUAUAUUUAGCCAUAAUCUUACGAACUAAGCUUUAACCACCCACUCCAGACCCCAAAUGACUUGGUUUCUUCUUUACUGUACCACUUGUCAUUCAUUCAAAUACUACCAAAUUAGGAACAGGCUCCAGUGUGACGGCUUAUCAUGUACUAGACAUACAGUAAGGCAGUACAGAAAGACGGACAACAUAACAGCUGUCAGAAUGAACUUAUGUGCAGUGAAUUGUAUCAAAAUGAAUAUAUUUAUCAAUAAACUUUUUA